AUGUGGGGGUUUCGCUCAUCAACAUUAGCGAACAUUUUUCUCCUACUCUUAGUUGCCAUGAGCUUUUCAGUAAACCAUGUUUCAGCCUCUAAACAAUUUCAAAAUGAAACUGAUCGCCUUGCUCUGCUUGAAUUCAAGAAUCAGAUAUAUGACGACCCGUUUGGAGCGCUGAAGUCCUGGAACCAUUCACAACACCAUUGUCAGUGGGAAGGAGUCACCUGUAGUACCCGACAUCAGAGGGUCAUUGCCUUGACUCUAAGGCAGAUGCAGUUGUCUGGAACCAUAUCUCCUCAGGUCGGAAAUCUAAGCUUCAUGAGGUUCAUCCAACUUGGGGAGAAUCAAUUCCAUGGUGAGAUUCCCCAAGAAUUCGGUCGCCUCUUCAGGCUGAGAGUCUUCAACCUGUCAAGUAACGCAAUCAGUGGAAAAAUCCCAGCAAACUUGAACUACUGCUCAGAGUUGAUAACUAUUAGCCUAACGAGGAACAAGCUAGAAGGGAAAAUUCCGAUUGAUCAGCUGAGCAAUUUGAAGAAGCUUGAAAAUUUUCAUCUUCGCACAAACAAUUUGACAGGAGAGAUUCCCUCCUCAAUUGGUAACUUAUCAUCGCUGACUCGACUCACUUUUGACUUUAACAAUCUGGAAGGAAAUUUGCCCAUGGAAAUGGGGCUCUUAGAAAGGUUAGCUAAAUUAGGAGUUGCAGAAAAUAAACUCUCUGGUACAAUCCCUGCUUCUAUCUUUAAUAGUUCAGCCAUUACUGCCAUUUCAGUGGCCGGCAAUUCCUUUCAUGGCAGUCUCCCAACCAACACAGGUCUUACCCUACCAAAUCUGAAACUAUUAGCUGUUGCGGAAAACAAGUUCUCUGGAAACUUGUCAACUUCAAUCACCAAUGCUUCUGGGCUUGAGGAACUUGAUCUUUCCAGCACUAAGUUUGCCGGCCAAAUUCCAACUAAUUUAGGAGAUCUGACACAACUUAAUUUUUUAUCUCUUAGUGAUAAUCUCUUCGGCAAUAAUUCUACAGGAGACUUGGAUUUUAUUGCAUCACUGACCAACUGCAGUAAUCUAAGAAUUCUUUCCUUGAGUGCCAAUAAACUUGAAGGUAAUGUACCUAAAAUCAUGGCCAAUCUCUCAAAUCAACUCACUGAAUUGUUCGUGGGAGGAAACCAACUGUCAGGAACCAUUCCACAAGGAUUUGGAAACUUUGUCAACCUAAUUCAACUUGGCCUUGAAUUGAACUCUUUUUCAGGUAUUAUUCCAAGAGAUUUUGUUGCAAGGAUUGCGUCUGGACCAUAA